AUGGGAUGCAGUGUAAGUAAAGAUGUAAAAGUUGAAGAUCAACGAAACUGUAAUGCAAUAGAUGAAGCACGUGCUGCAUCUAAAAUCCAGGCAUCAUUCCGUGGAUACAAAGUAAGAAAAGAACUGAAAACAAUGAAGACAGAAGAAACUAAACCUCACGUUAAAGAAGAAAUAUUUGAAAUCGACUCAAAUGACACGGACCUCACUAAGGCUGUAACUAAAAUCCAAGCAUCGUUUCGUGGUUUCAAAGCUAGAAAAUACUUGAAGACACAUGAAAAGGGCAACAAAGUACCAGGAUGGACUCAAGAACAAUCAAUUAAUGAAAUGGAUUUAAGUGAUCCAAACCUGUUGAAAGCAGCGACAAAAAUUCAAGCAACUUUUCGCGGUUACCAUGUACGAAAAGGCGUGUGUGGACUAAACGUGGGUGGAGAAUAAUUCUUUCAUGAAGAAAAAGGACUACGCUAUCCCGUUAUUUAUUCUUUCAGCGUUUCCAGUUUGUUGCUGUUUAUUCGUUUUGAUCUUUUGAAAAUCGUCUUCAGUAUUCAAAAAGAUUCCAGAAGAAACAAAAAAGCAGCGGUAAAUGGAAGAGACUGGUCCAAUAGGCAGUAAUGACGGA